AGAGAUGAUAUGUAUAUCUAUGUAGCCUACUACUUCAAAGUUAUUAUGAUGCAAUAAAUUCAUACAGGAGAAUGCUAAUGUACAAUACCAUAGUUGGUAAAAGCCACAACGUUUACUGCUCACUUAAAGCUGCAAACUGGUUACUGAAUAAUUACAAAAUUUAGGUCAAAGUCACAGGCUAGUUACUGGCCCUUUAAUUAUUAGACACCCUAUCUAUAGGCUUUACCACAUUGCAAAGAUUGUAUAGCAAGUCUUUCCUAUCUUCUGAAGGCUCUUUUAUCCUAAAUUAGGUCUGUCUGCCUUUUUCUAUCUUACCGUAUUGUUGAUAGGAAGCAUUAUACUUUGACCACUGAGUGAGACCUUUUGUUUGGAGCCCAGACUGGCUCCGACACAUCUAAACUAAUCAAAGCACCUUUGUUUUGAUGUAGCAGAACGAGUCUGUCUGUCUGUCUAUCUCUGUCUAGGCAAAUCUACUCAGACAGACUUGGAAGUUGAGUGUCUUCUGAACUUUUUCUUCCACAGUAUAUAGUCUGACUGCUUGGGUUGGCUGGACUUUGACCACAUAUCAGACAGAAAGCUGAGUCAAACUUUAAAGUGCAAGUGUGGCCUUUCAAAAAAUAUUUGACAGAAUAAAAGAUGGAAGAAAGGGUUCCAGUGGGCUGCGGAGCACAGACAAGGAAAGGGGACAAACACUGUCUUCAGGACCUAAGGCUUGUCCUCUUGGGGCACGACUGGCUGGAAAAGAGUUUGACAGGAAACACCAUCCUCGGCCGACAAAUGUUUGAUAUCAGCAGAGACGUGAAGAUGUGUGUUAGGAGACAGGGUGUUCUCGACAAUGGCCGUACAGUUAUUGUUGUCAACAGCCCUGAAAGGUGGAUCCACUACUCUGUCCGAGAGCCCGGCCUGGUGAACAACAACAUGGCAGCCUGCAUGGCCAUGUGCCCGCCAGGACCUCACGCCUUCCUCAUGGUCAUACCCAUCAGCCCUCACCGAGGCAGGGAGUGGACAGUUGAGGGACCUCUUGAGCUGCUUAAUGACACAGUUUGGAGAAACACGAUAGUAAUAUUCACCAGAUGUGAGAGACUGAAAGGAUUGUCUGUAGAGGGUUACACUGCAAGACACAGGUUUCUCCGAGCAGUUUUGGAGAGGUGUGGACAUAGAUACCACCUUUUAGACACAAGCAUUUGGGGAGAAGAUGAUGAUGCUCAGGUUGUGGAACUUUUGGAGAAGAUUGAUAUAAUGGUUGCAGCCAACAUAAAGGCAGAAGGAGUUGGUUUUGUGACUACAAACGAGAAAGUCUCCAGAAUAACCGGGAUGGAAAGGAAAGAGGUAGAAGAGAGGGCGAUUCUGAGGCGAAUGAAUGUGCAGAGGGGCAGAAGCACACUCAGAUCUCUAAUGGAAGAGUCUCCUCCGAUCUCAGUACUUCGAGUUCUCAUCACAGGACCAAAGCAGGUUGGGAAGAGCUCGGCUGGAAACACCAUUCUUGGCGAGGACGUAUUUCCUGCUGGACAUCCAACAUCAGAGUGCACUGAGAGACGGGGUGACGUUCACAAAAAGCAAGUCACUGUGAUUGAGGCUCCUGGCUGGCAUGGGAGAUACUGCUCAGAGGACACUCCACGGGUGGUACAACAGCAGAUUACCCACAGCGCAUCUCUGUGCGCCCCCAUUUCCCAUGCUGUCCUGGUGGUCGUACGCUGCGAUGAGUCUUUCACUGAAACGGACCGGUUAAAGGCGGAGGAACACUUGAACUUGCUUGGAGUUUGGGGGUGCACUCGAGUCAUCGUGCUGUUCACCUGGGGAGACAAACUGGGAGUCACUCCCAUUGAGGAGCACAUUGAGAGAUGGCCUGCCCUUCAGUGGUUGGUGGACAAAUGUGGGAAUAGAUAUCAUGUUUUUGAUAACUUAAACAGGGUCGGAGACAUUCAGGUUAGAGAACUGCUGUCGAAGAUUGAGGAAACAGAGGUGGGGAAUGACACUGAACAAUUGUUGCGUAGUUUUAUGAAACUCCAAGAAAGCAACAAGAAGCUGGAUCAAAUUUACCAAAAGAAAAUGAGACAGCUCAAGAAGGCAAGGAGGGCGAAUGAUCUGCUGCGGCAAGCAAUCGAGGAGCAGGAGAGGAUAUUAGAGGACAUGAUUAAAACAGCUAAAGAGAAGGAUGAGCAGAUCGAAGCUCUGAAAGCGGCGAGGGAGAAGGAGUCAGGAGAGAGAGCAAAUAAAGACGCUGAAGAAGAGAUUGGCAGAAGAUUAGUGGAGGCUGAGAGGGAGAACAACCAGCGCAAACAAGUCAUUAUAAGGAAAGACAAAAUGAUAACAAGCCUGAGUGAAAGAUGUGCUGAAAAUGAUGACGUGAUUAAAGCUACAAAGCAAAGUAGUGAGGUAGAAAAGGACGUUCUGAAGGAAAGAGUGAUGGAACAAGAGAAAGAGGCAGCAGCCUUUGAGAAAAAGUGUGAAAAGAAAGACAAAGAGCUGGAUCAAAUGAUGAUGAAUCACAAAAGAGAAGCAAAUGAGCUUAAAGAGACAAUUGAACAGCUGAAGAGAGAAAAUGAAGAUACAAAGAAGGUGUUGAAGGCCACAAUUGAAGGGAUGCAGAUGCACUAUCCGAAAAAACAAACUGAUAGAGCAAAUGAAACAAAAAAGGUGCACUUUCACAAAGGUAACCACCACAGGGAAACAAUGACGGACCUCAAGUCAUUGGAGGAGCUGGGUAAACAACAAAAAUGGGCGUCCAUGGUGCCAUUAACCCACCAUGGAAACACUGCUAGACCCAAGACAGAACAGAAAAGGCCAGUCGUGUUGGACAAUGACAUCAUGCUACGUGAAAAGAGAGUGACUGCUAACCAAGUAUGGCAACUUGAGGCCAACUGGACUCCGUCGUGGCUGAGGGCUGGAGGAGCUGCGCUGGGAGCUGCAGCUGGGACCCUUGCUGCUUCCUCCAGGCUGGCUACAGGGAUUAGUACCAGGUCAGCUGUUGGGGCAUCAGCUGGGGCUCUGCUGGGCUGCUUACUGGUCCAAGGAGUCAGGCCCCAGCAGGGGAAAAUGGAGUCAGACGCCAACAGCAAAUGAGUCUCAUGAGCCAUGAGAUGCCUUUUGAGUCGCCAUAAUUCACGAUUAGUAGCAGAGCGUCUGGAUAAUACGUAUAAGACCUAUAUGGAUAGGGAGCGAAUUUUAACGUGAAUCUAUAAGUUAUUUCUCAAUUAUUAUAUACUCAAUUAUUAUAACUAUUAUGAAGUUGCAACUAAUGCUUAUAAAAGAGAUGAUCAUUUGAUUAU